AUCACGGGUCAAGCGUUCGCGUGCAGAGAUACGGUAACGCUCAUCGGACUGGCGGCGCCAGUGCUUUGACAAACCCUCACGUCCGCGUGCGACGUGGCGAGACGUAAGCCUCCCCGUCCGUGGCCACCGCCAGCACGACACGGCCGUGGCCCAGCCUCCGGCCGCAAGAUACUUCGUUCAUUCAAUCACCAGUACCGCCGUCAGCCCCGUCACCGGCACCGCAGCUCCGGUAUAAAUCGCGGUCCGAUCGCUGAUGCCUCCCAGCCCCGCCCCACUAUUCUCUCGCCUGCGCUUCCGCCUCCGGACGUGCGCCGCCGUCUCCAUCUCCACCCGUCCAUCCUCCGCGGCGCCCCUGCGCUACCGUCGCACUCGCCUCUCUAUCCCUUUUCCUCUGUCCCCACCUUGCCCGCGCAUCCUCCGCGCCGCCGCCGCCGCCGCGGUCUCGUCGUCGCUGGAUCUGCGCGCGAUAGCCGGCGGGUUCGCGCUGUUCAGCAUGGCUGCUGCCUCCUCCGCCACAUCCGUCCACGACUUCACCGUCAAGGAUGCUAGCGGGAAAGAUGUGGACCUUAGCACCUACAAGGGGAAGGUUCUACUCAUAGUCAAUGUUGCAUCUCAGUGUGGCUUGACCAAUUCCAACUACACAGAGCUGAGCCAGUUGUAUGAGAAGUACAAGGACCAGGGUUUUGAGAUCCUUGCUUUCCCAUGUAACCAGUUUGGUGGGCAGGAGCCUGGCACUAAUGAGGAGAUUGUCCAGUUUGCUUGCACUCGCUUCAAGGCUGAAUAUCCAAUUUUCGACAAGGUUGAUGUCAAUGGUGACAAUACUGCACCCAUCUACAAGUUCCUGAAGUCCAGCAAAGGUAGUCUCUUUGGGGAGAACAUAAAAUGGAACUUCUCCAAGUUUUUGGUUGACAAAGAGGGGCGUGUUGUGGAGCGGUACGCACCGACAACUUCCCCACUGAGCAUCGAGAAGGACAUCAAGAAGCUACUAGGGAGUCCUUCAACCUUGUAAUUGGAUCAACUAGCUCUACUAAACUGCUGCAUUGCAUUUGCCUCAGUAGCGUUUUAAUAAAGCUGUUCUUAGAACCGAGAUGUUUGAAGCUGUGCUUAGAACCGAGAUGUCUUUACUGUAUUUCUUCUGUAUGCCCUGUUUUAUGGUAAAUGUCAUGUAUGUAAUAAAAAUGAUGCAAUGCUUGAAUUCUCUUGAAAGGUUAUGUAUCCGGGUUGGUUGUUGAGAUCUUUGAGGAA